GAGAGAGCGAGGGAGGAGAUAAUAAGGGUAGAGGAGAGAGAGAGAGAGCGAGGGAGGAGAGGAGGACCGUCUGCUCCAGAGUUUAGUUUCCUGUCGUCUCUCGGUCAGAAUGGAGCUGCUUCACUCUGGAUUAUCAUCUUCAUCUUCAUCAUCAUCAUUAUUCAUUAUUAUUAUUAUGGUUCAGCUGCAGAUGGACGGGCUGCACUCGGCCUACACCACGGAUACUACAGAUUCUCUCCAUCAGGUUCUGUCAGAGUUCGCUGUGGUUCGUCCAAUCAGAACCGACUCCACAGGCCGAAGCCCCGCCCCCUCCAUGGAGGCCCCGCCCCCCGGGGGCCCGCUGUUCUACAACGUGACGGUGUUGGGCCGGCGGCUGCAGCUGCGCCUGCGUCCCAACACCCGCCUCGUGGCCCCAGCCGCCUCGCUGGACUGGUGGGAGGAGUCAGGGCGCAGACGCUCUCAGCCAAUCACAGACGCCGGCUGCUUCUACAGCGGAGAGGUGGCCCACAUGGAGGACACGGCCGUCGCCGUCAGCGCCUGUGACGGGCUGGAGUUCGGGCCCUCCGGCAUGCAGGGUACUACUGAGAAUACUACCUUUAAUACUACAAAUACUCCUACUAAAACCAUCUACCUGACCCUGCAGGAGUUCGGUCCCUCCGGCAUGCAGAGUACUACUGAGAAUACUACCUUUAAUACUUCAAAUACUCCUACUAAUACCAUCUACCUGACCCGGCAGGAGUUCGGGCCCUCCGGCAUGCAGGGGUACGCUCCAGUGACAGGAAUGUGUCACUUGCAUCGGAGCUGCGUCCUCGUCUUCGAGGACGGGUUUUCCUCGGCCUUCGUAGCGGCUCAUGAGACGGGACACGUGUUGGGGAUGGAGCAUGACGGCGAGGCUAACGACUGUGAGGACGACGUGCCGUUGGGCAGCAUCAUGUCUCCGAGAGUGCAGGCAACCUUCCACCGAUACCACUGGUCCCGCUGCAGCUGGACCGAGCUGCACAAGUACCUGCAUAAAUACGACUGUCUCCGUGACGACCCGUUCCCCCACGAUUGGCCGGCUCCGCCCCCGUUGCCGGGGUUUCAGUACUCCAUGGACCAACAGUGUCGCUUCGACUUCGGACCGGGAUACAGCCUCUGUACUGCAGUACGUACCUGUCUGUCUGUCUGUCUGUCUGUCUGUCUGCCUGUCUGUCUGUCUGCCUGUCUGUCUGUCUGCCUAUGGGAUGUGGCAUAG